AAAACUUGUAAAGUUACUUAAUUCAUAAAUGCUAUCUUCGCUAACCACCCCCAGAUUAUGUGAUUACUGAUCCUAACCUUUAUUUAAAGUACAAAAUACAAAUAAAACCCCUAUUUUUUAUGCUUACUAAGCAUUUGGCUCAAUUGCCGCCUCUACAGGUUUAUCGCGACCGGAACCAUACCUUUUGCACACAAGGAACCAUACAUUCCCACGACUCUACGAAGCACGUGACAAACGACGCGCGGGGCUUCCAGCUUGACCUUCCCAUCUUGCGUCGAUCGAUGCCUUUAAAUUCCCACACACCGCCCCGUUUCCAUUAGACUACACCCAUUUUCCCUCUCUGGUCCUCACCGAGACCCCACACUCUCAUUUUGUUUGACAUGCCUUGGACCAGCACCACCGAGCAUUCCGACGCAGACAAAUCGCCCGCCAUGUCGCUCCUACCCGAACUUCUUCUCACAGUGCUCUUCGGGGCACAAGCCAGCUUCACCCAUCCGGGGAUCAUCCUUCCGUCGAAAGAGCUGCUGGGCGAUUCAGAAUUGAAAGCGAUAAUUAAGAGGACGCAGAAGGGUCGGGACGCCAGGUGUGCUGACAACCCAUCUUUGGCUACUAUGAUAUUGGUUGCAACAGCCAUGCCACUUUCACCGGAGCCAUGCUGGAGAGCCUGCUGACGGUGUGCCUCUUUUUCCUUUCCACAGAGAGGUUUUAGGAUUCUCGCCUAGGAUAUGGGAGGCCCUAACGGAAACACUUCGGGCCGGAAACGAUCAAUUGACUACUAAUAAGUAUAAUCUAGUUCCCCGGGUACGUGACCUCGUGAUACUUGCGAGGAAUCUCCUUGCCACUAAGGAAAGGGCUCAGAAUUAUGCUUCGUAAGAUCUCUUAUGUGAUCUUUAUUUUGGAAUGGAAUAUCUCAGUAAUUUGUUUUGUCUCCAUAGAGAUGAAGGGUUCGAAGCUGAGGUUCGAAGACUGCUGGAUAUAUGCAUUGAUAAAGCCAGCAAACCUAUCGCGCCAAACAUUGACAAGCAAACACAUGAGACAGAAAUGCACAUCAAGGGAAACUGUAUGUACCAGUUCGCCCAUAAAUUCUAUCGGUACGCAAUACCGACCGACUAACAUUAGUAUUUUAGACAAGAAAGUCAUGAUCACUACCCUUCAAUUUCUCAACAAUCUCAUGAGCCAAAAUGAAACUCGCAAGCUACACGUCUGGCUUCACAUGUUUGGUACCCCGGCUGCAUCCGCCCCGCCGAACCCGGCAGUACCGGCCAAGAGUUCUCAGAAACCUAAGGGAAAGAGUUCUCAGGUAAAUAAGCCUUCGCCCGGCUCCGGUGUAGGCAUUGUCGGCUCAAGUGCGCUUGGCGCGAGGCAUUCCCAUAAGGAGACUGUAGCCAAGUGUAAUUUUUUGUCUGCUGGCUUUAAUGCAAAAUAUUACAAACCCGGAUUUCUCACAGAAGUACCCCGGUUACUCCAACCAGAUGAGAUUCAGCCUUUGCCGAUGAUGCUCCAGAAUGGGGUAGUGCCGUUGGAAGGAACGGAUCAUGCUAUGCAAGCUGUUAGGUGCAAGCUGAUGUUGGCCCAGGGCUAUGGGCGCAGCUUGCUACGAGAGAUUCUUGUCUUUCUUGGAGCCUGGGAGGUUGACGAGGAUGACUUUUGCUUCAGAAUGAUGUGAGUCCUUUUGAAUUAAAUAUUUUGGCUUUUAAGUAGCUAACCGAUGUAAAUAUUGCAGGGCGCAAGUCACCGAAGCUAUACUUCUUAAUGGCUUAAUACCCUACGCAUAUGAAUCUUUCAGAGAGUAAACUCACCCUACAAUACUGUUUUACUAUCUACUAACGGUGUUUUCCAACUCAGUGAGAAAGACAUUGUCACUCCGGCUCAGUCGGUGCUGCUGAAGCUCCUAGCCUCCGUGUAUCGACAGCCCGAGGCCGGAAGAGACCACAGCACAAGCUCCUCAUCUUGCUCCUUCGGCAUCUCCACUCCAUCGGUAUUAUCGGAGUCACCGACCUCACCAGUCACAGAUUUCGAAGAGGCCUUCGAUCCCCCACCGAUAAUUGAAAGCUCCAUACCAACCUUCUUCGUUGCAGUCCUUCGCAAACAAGUCAUACCCUCGACAAUCAGGAUCAUCAAACUUCAGGGGGCUAUCCGAGAAGGCAAGGCAAAAAAGGAGUCGUUCGAAUUGAGCCUGUGGGACUUGGAUCGUAUCUACGAGGGGCUCUAUCAAUUUUUCGAAUUACUCGUACUGUUCUCGGAGGAUGAGGAAGCCAAAAGGGUUCUGAUAUCGAGCGACAAGGGGAUAGUCGGAGAUCUAGUGGUAUUCCUGAGGGAGUUGGAUAAAGCUAUCCCCCGUUGGGUAGCAUCGAAAUCAACCCCGCAACCACCGUCGCCCUCGCCAUCCCCUCCACAAGAGAAGGAGACGGGAAAGGGGGGAUCGGGCAAGGCACUGAAAGUCAACGAAGCAUACCGUGUGGAGCGACCAUUCGACGUCUACCCUAACUUUAAGGACGGAGAAGGCAGCCGUGACGAGAGUGAGGGUGCGGAUGAUGAGGAGCCAAACGAUGACAGGGGGCUCUCUGACCCGGAGGAGUUUACGUGGCCCCAUAUGAAACGGUACCUCGUCAUGCUGCUUAGUGGCUUCUCAUGGCAAAACAAGGCUGUACAAGACCUUGUUCGGGAGAAAGGUGGUUUACAGGCUGUACUAAAUCAGUGUAUGAUCGACGAUGACAAUCCUUGUAUGUCUAUUUUGCUACCCUAUGAGCUUGGGAUAAAAAAAGUACUGAUCCCUUACACAGAUAUCCGUGAGCACGCAAUCCUAUGCAUCAGAAACCUCCUGGAGAACAACCCGGAGAACCAAAAAGUAGUGAAAGCGCUCGAAGCUAUACAAGCCAUUCCCAACGAGGUUCUGGAUCGCCACGGAUAUGAACAUUACUUUGAUGACGCUGGCAGAGUGCAGUUGAGGAAGACAAAGGGCAAGGGAACUUCGAAAUAAUUUACCUAACCACCUGAAAAAAAAAAAUGAAUUUUUUUUGUUUGUAUAAGGCCCUAUUCGGCAUGCUAUAAAUACCAUGGUAUUUUUGUUUUUAUGGGAUUUUUUCCAUGGUUUUAUUAAAAUGAAUUGGCAGGGUGUUUAGCAUGUCAAAUAUACCAUAAUAUUCUUAUAAAAAUACUAGGAUAUUACUAUGAAGGUUUAUUUUGUGAUAUCCAACUAGGGUUUAGAACAAAAUGAAGAAAAACAAGUAAGCAAAUGAUAUAAUAAUAUUAGAAGGAACAAUUAUACAAAAUAGACAAGAAUAUAUUUUCUUGGCUAACCUUAGACAACUUUUGCUAGUAAUUACUUGUUUUCAACUCUUAUAUAAAUUGUAGAUAGGAGAACAUAAUUUAGAUCCUAGAUAUUCAUUAUGACACUUGACUAUUUGCUGAUUUUAUG